GUUUAAAGAUUAUGUCCUGUUCCGGCGGAUCAUCUUGCAUCAGAGAGCGGGUAAUCGAUGACAACAUGAAGUUCCCGUUAUUUCGAGCUUUCCUGCUUCUGAAUUGACUCUUAUACUCAUCUACUCAUAAUCUCAAGAUGUUCUAGUAGAUGGGAAUGACAGGACAAUAUAAUGUUAUCUCCACGGCCCGACUGUAGCAUGAGGACUGCUGCACCAUGGACUGUGCUCCCAAUUCUGUGUGACCUUACGUCAAGCUGUCAUGUCGCUGAUUCAGCUUAGGUCAGGACUCUUCAUGGCUGUCUCAAUAGCUGUGCUGUUUGUGCUGUUCCUGCUGGUUAAUUUUGGACGCCUGACGUUACAACAUGACGCGGGGAUGGAUCAUGGCGAAGGGCUCAUCCAGGAGGUGUGGCGGCAGGAGCAGCAGCGACCAGGGAGGAGUAAGGUUUUGUAUGGAGUCAUGAUUGAUGCUGGAAGCACAGGAAGUCGCCUGCACGUCUUCAAGUUCCAAAGAACAGUGAAGGUAAGAUUUGACAUCAGACUGGUGACGGAGAAGUUUGAGUCCAUCAAGCCAGGACUUUCCUCGUAUGCCGACAACCCCGAGGAGGGUGCUGCCAGUGUGCAGGGUCUGGUGCAGAUUGCUGAGGAAGUUGUGCCUGCAGCCGUGCAGAGGAACACUCCUAUAGCCCUGAAGGCCACCGCUGGACUCCGCAUGUUACCUGAGGACAAGGCUCAGACACUGCUCGAUAAGGUACAGAAAGUGUUUGAGGCAUCCCCCUUCCUGGUGAGAAAGGACAGUGUUGUCAUCAUGAAUGGGUUAGAUGAAGGUCUGUUUGCGUGGUUUACCAUCAACUUUUUAAUAGGUGCCCUCAGAUCUUCAGAAAAUGACUCCACCCAAGGAGCAUUAGAUCUGGGCGGGGGAUCCACACAAAUCACAUUUUCUCCAAGGGAUAGCGAAACGUUAAGGUCAUCCCCUGAGGGCUUUGUGAGGCCUGUUGAUAUAUUUCACAAGACGUAUAUGUUGUAUGUACAUAGCUAUCUUGGGUUUGGUCUAAUGGCAGCCAGGCUAAGGAUGAUGGGAAUGGAGACUGAGGACAUCAACAGAAACCCUGUCAAGGGGAGCCUGACAAGUGCCUGUCUGCCUAUCGGCUUCCAGGGGGCCUUUGAGCACUCGGGCGUGGAGUACGAUGUCUCAGGGCUGCCCCCAGGGGAGGCAGUUGGGUCAUGUUGGACAGCUGCACUAGCAAUGGUCAGCAGGCAGGUCCACCAGCCAGAGGAAGUCAGACAAGAGCCUUUCUAUGCAUGUUCCUACUACUUUGACAGAGCAAAAGAGUCUGGCAUGAUAGGUGAGGAAGGUGGAAGUUUGAAGGUUUCUGAGUUCAAGCAGAGAGCAGAAGAAGUGUGCAGGAGGCCACUGCCAGAGUACCCUUUCAUGUGUAUGGACCUGUGCUACAUCAGCGCACUUCUACAGGAGGGCUACGGCUUCAAGCCAAACAACGUACUUAUGCUGAGGAAAAAGAUUGAUGGUGUGGAGGCGAGUUGGGCGCUGGGAGCAACCAUCCGCAUGCUGAGCUGACGACACUUGUAGCCAGGAGCCUGCAGCACAAUCCGACUUGGGAAUUUUACAGAACAGCACAGGGCUGAUCAACCUUUGUACAGAACCACACAGCACAGCUAGCAGGACUGUACAGAACCACACAGCACAGGACUGUUCAUGCUCUGUACAGAACCACACAGCACAGGACUGUUCAUACUCUGUACAGAACCAAACAGCACAGGACUGUUCACCCUCUGUACAGCACACAGCUCGCCAUGGUGAUAGAGUGCACACAAGAACACUGGGGAGUCCUAGUACCAAUGGUUGCCAUGGUGAUAGAACGUUGUUCAGCAGUAGGGCAACUCUAUACACUAGACCAAAAGGCAGGCCACUGGUUCCCACAGUGGUUGGACUCUCACAUGUCCAGUAAAUCACUCAGGGUAGAUUGGGAAGGACUCUGGCUGCUUUCUCCCUGCCAUGUGUAAUCCUGGGAGGCAGAACAAUGUGCUCUGCAACUCCAGAGUAGUGAAUACACUUGGCAUUCUGGAUUUCUGUAUGGACCUGGAUAAAAUCCAGCUAUUUCAUGCUCCUGACAAUUUUUCUUAAUGUUUCAACUUGUCUUCUGCUUGUUAGAGUGAAUUAGAGUUAAAAGUCUGGUAUGUACAAAAUGUAUUUUGUAAAAAAAAAAGUUAAUAGAUUUGUAAUUAUUUAU